AUGGCAACCACAACCACAGCUACAGCCUCAAUCCCCAGCCUCCUCACCCUCGCGGGGCUUCCGUACCUGAUAACGCACGGCAUCACGCUCCUCCUGCUCUCGGUGUUCAUCAUGUCCUGGAUCUCGCCGCGGCAACUGUGCGCCUCGGCGCUCUUCCCUCAGGCCCCCGACAGACCACUGCCGACGUUCUUCUACAUUUUCGCCGUGCGCGAGCUCGUCCUCGGCCUGGCCCUGUUACUCCUGCAGGCGUACGGCGAGUGGCGCGCGGUGGUCGUGCUCCUGGCGUGCAUCAGCAUUAACGGCAUUGGCGACUUCUUCUUCGCCGCUUUGGAGGUCGGCUUUGAUGAGAGUGUAAAGGCCGGGUAUGGCCAGGGGCAGGGGCAGGGGAAGGGACGCGGGAAGGAGGGAGCAGGAGGGAGUCUUUGGUGGGCAGCCUUCAAGGGCCACGGCGUUCCGACAAUCGCGGGCUAUUGGGCGGCUUGGAGGCUGUGGCAGGAACAUUGGUGA